AUGUUCCUUAAGGUCCACGGAAGGAGACGUCAGCUCGGCAACCCGAUUCUGCGAUUCCAUUAUAUUUCAAAAUUAGAGAGAGCUCCCCUGGCCGCCGGGAGAUCGGGCCUUCGAUACGCUCCUCGAAACUGGGAGAUAACGAAUAUGAAAUUGGAUAGAAACGUUCACGAGUCGUCUUACAUAAAAUUAAUGUCAGAGGAACAUUUAACAAGCGAUCUAUCAAAACUUCGAUACGUAAUAAAAAGGGUGGCCGAUGCCAAA